UCGUGGAGGUGGAGUAAAGCCCAGAGAAGUGUCGCAUGGGAGUGUGGGAGGAAACACAGUGCGGCCAGAUAUAAAGGGGGCGCGUGGAAGCGAUCCCCAGACGCAGGCACCAGACGCCAGAGGGAAGCAACUCCACAGACCGGCACGCGCUCUCUUCACGUGCCACGUAGCUGCGCCGUCCUGUGUUGUCUGGCAGCGCCAGGCUCUGGCACCGAGCGGCUGUAGGCGGGAGGCGCUUCCGCUGUGAGCGACGCCGACAGUCGGUUGCUGCAGGCGCUUCACCAGAGGUCUGUGUGGAGGUACGUGCGGUCGUCGACACGGGGUGUCUUCCGGCCACCGCCAACCAUCGCUACUACCACCACAGCACCAGCAACUCUAUCUUGCAGCUACAAGAGUUAAUUGUCGCAACUACAAGAGUUAGUAUUGUUCAGAAUUUUUGAUACGGUCCUUGUGGAAGUUUGUGCCGAUGCCACUUGAGUUCGUCUGUCGUGUGGAGUCUGAUGUAACCCUCCCCAUGACAACUUCACAGCCAUGGCCGAGGUCUCCGUGCACUCACUUUUGUGUCGGUUACUUUUUGUUUUGAAAUAAAACUGUACAAAUGUCCACUCGUACAGUCCGCUGUGUAAAUCUUCUCAGCCACCGUACAAACUGACCAGAUCCCAGGUAACAGCCAUGGUAUUCUGAUCCCAAGAUCCACAAUCGGGAGGAUUUUGAUGAUCAAGGACUUAAUCUCAGUGGAAGACUAUGUUUGGCGGAAGACAAAGUUUUAAGCAGAAGAAACGAGAUGACAUCAUUGACAGAACAGAGUGCACUGAUCCAUGUGAACACAUAAGAAGCGACACAUGCUACAGUAAGCACACCUUUGGCCACAGCAACAGGUAGUGAUAAUACAAGCUGACCACGAACAGGCACCGCUGGCAUACGACUACACCUGUGGAAACCUUUAUAAACAGCAACACGGUCACGUGUGACCACCACUGGAAGGAUUUGUUGCUAGGAAACGCCGCGCUUUUAUCUGUCAGCUCCUGUGAUGCGUGGCAACAUGGACACUUGAUGGUCAAGAUGGUCGCUUGUCUUCGGUGAGAGUCCACGCUGCACCGGCUGUGAGAGUCUGACGACCUCCUGGCGACACCUGCUGCAUCAGAAUUGUGUCUUCCUGGAGCAAAGCGAGGAGUCAGACCAGACCCCUGAUCUCAAAUGAACACUUCUGCCAUUCUGCAACGACAACCACCGACAAGCUCUACAUAAACAAAUAAACCAGUGUACGAUAAACAAGAGUUGGUGUCAGAACUCUCGAGAUCGCAAUAAUCAGGUGAAGAGGGUACAAAGACAAGCGAGAGAGUAACAGGGAUCAUUGUCUGGCCCCUGUCCAUGCUCAGCCUGCAGACAACACACUAGAACUUCUCCUGCAUCUGCUUCACCUGCACUGCACUAGGUUGCCAUGACAAUGAGUGCACGCAAGGCCUUGGGGCUUCAACGGUCCAACGGAACUCACGAGUUCAACAUCGCCAUUGUCGGUGCUCUGGGCGUCGGCAAGUCGGCGCUGACAGUGAAGUACAUGACGAAGAGAUUCAUCAUGGAGUACGACCCUUACCUAGAAGGGACCUACACAAAGCACGAGGACAUGGGAGACAGCCAAGACUGUCUUGUGCACCUGAUGGAUACCUGUGACAGGGAGGACAGCGAUCCCGCUCGGUAUCUGACGUGGGCUGACGCAUUCGUGGUGGUGUACAGCAUCACCAACAGACCCAGCUUCGAGACGGCACGCGCCUACCUGGAGAACAUCACGCACUACCUCAAACAGCACGAGCGUGACUGUCCGCUGGCUCUCGUCGCCAACAAAAUCGACCUGGAGCGUUACAGGCAGGUGAGCAAGUCGGAGGGCCUGGCCUUGUCCAGAGAAAUGAACUGUCUCAGCUUCGACGACACCACAGCCGCCGAAGACUGUGACGCAGUGUUCGAAGUGUUCCGGCGUUUAGUACGAAAAGUGUACACUGACCGCUGUGGGGGCCUGGCUGGUCAGGCGCUGUACAUCGAGGAGGAGAGAGGCUCCCCUGCCCAUCCCCUGCACGCCAGAACGAGGCCCAAGUCGCCCAAGGGGACUGCAGACAAGAAAGACGAGAAAAACCUUCAGAAGAAAAACUUCAGCAAAAUAUUCAAAAUCUUUAACUAGUCUGAAAUGUAGUGAAGAAUGAAUGUUAUUAUUGCUCGUCCACUAAAAAAAAAAUAAAAAAGAAAAAAAAACUGAGGUCGGCCUUGGGCCUUACAAAAAGAAUCUCUGCACAAAAACAAGAAAAAUUAUUAAAUGUGUGGCUGACAACUGUUGCCUGCUUACGAUGUUAUGAUAUAGACAAAGGGUGGAUGGUGUCACCAAAACAUUUUCUUGCUUACAUUCAAAAGAAGAGACCGUUUCAUUGCUCCUCUUAUCCCUUGUCGUGGUGGAAAUAUGUUAUGUAUGGCAAUUGUUUGAAAACUCCUGUUUCCUACAAAACUCCGGACAUGCUCUUCCGAAGACUUGAUUCUACACUUUAUUCCACACCUACGGGUCAACCAAUCAAACGGAUUGUUUCACAGAUUAACCUAACAGUUUCUUGAUCAGUGAACAGAACUGAACACCUUUAUGAUGUACGUGGAAUAAACUGAUCGAGUUAGUACAAUGAUAUCUGACAAAGUUGCUGUCUUGAACAAUGAAUGAUGAAUUCCUCUUCAUUACUGUUUAUUACAUUCGUUCUCAAAUGAGUGCAUCCGACUUCUGUGCUAAGGAAACGUCUGACUUUGUAACACACUUGAUACGAUGAACCACUCAGUUAUCUGCUUCUGCGGCCACCUGGGACCUUUACCUUUUGUGUAUGGCGCAUGUUCUUUGUAUAAUGUUUGUGAAAUUUGAAAGAUUGUGUGUAGGAAAGAGUUGUGCCUUAAAUGUCACGUGACGGAGAUCAUUUUCUGUCUUAUUUUGAUGUUUCAGAUGUGUUACGGUCACGUGGUGCUUAACGAUGUAAGAGAUGUCCUACUAGUCUGUGCCAUCUACUUUCAGACACUCCAGUGAGUGUUUGGGGAAGAGGGGAAAAUAUUCCCUCUGUUAAUACUUUUGUUGUGUUGUCAGUGUAGACUAAAAUAACAGUUCUUUUGCGUUGUGGUAUACACACCACUGACUUUAGUGCAAGUAACAGUGAGGGAGGGGAGACGAAGACAAUACAGCUUUCAAGUUUACAAGAAUAAACUCUUUGCUUUGAUGAUUGUCUCCCACUGAUGGCACUGCACGACAGACUGACAGACAUGGAGAUAACCAGGUGUGAGUGCACACAAGCGUGGGUGAGCUCGGGCUGAAUGCCAAAGUUCUGAGCACAAGGAGAGAUCAGUCCAAUGAACAGAGAUGUGUUGUGAUGCCCGUGAUGUCCGCAGACAAGAUCGAGGGUGUGCGAGGACAUACUCCACUGGGGAGAUAACUCCAUGUUUUAAAAAACCGCGACUUUGCCCAGAGCAUGGACCGACUGUCUGAAAAAAGUGAUUGUUUGUUUUAACGUGCUGCUGCCUAACAGAUUGUUGUUGAAGGAUAUGAGAUAAAGAUGACUGAAAAACUGUAGUCCAAAAUAAUGCUCAUUCCGUUCAUCUCUCUUUCCUCUCUCUAUUCCUUUCUUCUCUCUCUCACCAUUCUCUCUUUGUGCAAUAUUCAAGUCUCUCCACAUGCGCGUGCCAAACAAGGCUUUUCGUAGUACAUUUUUAGUGGAAGUUUCUGUAGUGAUUUGUGCGCUCAGCUUCGGAGCAGAAGGCUGUGAAUUCGAAACUUGGUCAGGCCGGUGACUGAAAAAAGCGAAAAAAACCGCAUGAACUAUCACACUGAUAUUAAGAAGAAUGUUAGGAACCGCUUUUCAUAUACCGUGCCCUAAACAGCAACUGCUCUUCCCUACCACAGAGCAUGUGAUCUUUCCCUACACCUGUAUCUUUCUUACCUGUCAGGCAGGUCCGUCCCAGCGACAUUUGUUCAGGUGCAGGUCUCUCUUUACUAUCGUGUCUCGGUUGAAUGGAGUGUGGUCGCGAUAGCUUAAUGGUGUAUAUACCGCAUUUAAAAUUAUAUUUUUGCGUUUUCGGCGUUGUUUACCAGAUGUACUUUGAUAUCUAUUGUUUUUCUAUGAACAAUUGCUGUUUGCGAGAUCCACGUUUUGUGUAAAUGCUGAGUUCCAGACAUGUGUUGGUGCUGGAAGACUGAAGCGCGUCUAUUUAUAGCAGCCUUGUCACCCACACACUACAAUAAUCACUCGAAAUAACAACAAAUCACGUGAUGGGACAGUGGUGAAUGCCGUGACCUCUGCACACACUGGGUGACGCUUGUUUGUGAAAAGAUGGUGUACAUUUUAUAGAUUCAGUUUCAGCCAAACAGCAAUUUGAUUUAACUGUUGAUAACUGUAUUUGUGUAUGUUAUGUUUAUAAAUAUCCGUUACGUUUCCCCCUCCACGCCCCUCAGCGACAGGUCAAGGAACUGACAGCACGUGAUUUGCACUAACCUCUGGUCAACAAAGCUGAAAAGCUACGUGAAAGCUACGUGGGUAUCCCGGAUUGCUGCUGUGGUGGCUGCUGUAUAUAUGCUUAUUGUACAACAAAACAAUGUGCGACACAUGUAUUUGGACAAUUUGCUUGUCAAGAUCGUAAAUUAAAGUCUUCUCUUUAUCAGC